GUCCUUGUGACAGCAGCAGCGCAUCGCGCGCGGAGCGCCAAUGUGGGUGUUUCAUGACGCGCGCGCGUCAAUUACAGGUGUCCAUUAACCAUCGCGCGCAUCACGACCCUCGAGGAAUUACGCGGAACACCAAACGCUUUCUGUUUAUCCAGGUAAACAUUAGUGAAGACUCUCAAGAACACACUCAUUUACGAAUGAGUCUGCUAUUACCAUCAUGUGGCACUGACAACUACGGCAACUUUAUUUGGACUGAGUCACGUCCCGUCUAUUGAAAUGGUGUCUCGAGUCUGAAAACGAACUCAUCGUGACUGGAAGACGCUUGACAUCGUGACUGCUGAUGUCCUCUGGAGAUCUAAAGAGCCCUGAUCUGCUCAGCGGAGGAUCACAACACAGGAGGAGACCCAGGCACUGUGAGACGUUUGCAUUCCCUCAUUGCACCAGCUGUCAGGAAAAGAGCAUCUGCAGAUAUUCAUCUUAUUGGGAAAGAGUCCCUGGCGGACCUUCAGGAAGAGACUCUUCAGUUUCACUUUUGCAAUAUAUUGGACAUUUUGUGCAAUCAGGUCACUUUCAUUACCUCUGGUUGUUGGGAAAUUUUCAAAAAAAUGAGCUCUUGGAGAGGCUCUUAAUGGUUUUAUAUGGCAAGAUUCAUAGAAAUAUGAUAGCUAUAGUCUGUUCAUGUGCUCUGAGGCUUGUUGCAUGAACUCUGCAACGUAAAUCAGCAGGUUUCCUUUAGACUUUAAACUUCCAACUGGAUCCUGGAGGGCCCAAACUUCAUCAAGGUGGUCAUUAUGGUGAUGUCGCAGGGCACCUACACAUUUUUGGCAUGCUUUGCCGGCUUCUGGCUGAUCUGGGCUCUCAUUGUCAUGCUUUGCUGCUUUUGCAGCUUUGCCCAGCGUAAGCUAAAGCGCAGGCGUGAAGAAAGGCUGAGGGAGCAGUGCCUGCGGGCAUUGGAGAUGGAGCCUCUGGAGUGCACCAGUGGAGGAUACCCUCCCAGAGAGCCCCCUCAAUUCUGCCCACCUCUUCAAAUGUUGUCUCCUCAGCUGCCAGUAACACACACUCUUCCUCAGGCAAACUGGACCAUCCAUGAAGCAGACACAGAUGUCUUUGGGAAACCUCCUUGCUAUGAAGAGGCUGUAUUGAUGGAGGACCCGCCACCACCUUACAGUGAGGUUCUGGCUGACCCCAGAGGAGGAACUUACACCAAACCUGCAUCAAGAUCUUCAAGGGAGACUCAGGAGUCUGAAACUAGCAAAAUGGCUCCUGUGACCGUAUUUCCAGAACGUGGCUACUCUUCCCUCAUACGUCUACCUUCAGCCAGACGCUGGGACUCUCUGGGGCACCUCCUGUCCAACAUGGACCUCAACCACAACAAUCUGCCGGUCGAGCCACAGGCCUCUGCAAUUGCUACCAUGCCUCGCGAGGGCCGGACUCACACAGACAUGGGUUUGCAUGGGCUCCAAAGUCUGGAUCAACAUUAUGGGUUGCCCACUGCCUUUCCCCUUUUGGGUCGAAGCACAGCAGUAUGAGCCCACAAAAAUAGACCUACGGACCACUUUCUAAAAUGAACGCUCUGGAUGGUGAGUCAUAUGUGGUCAGAAAUGUCUGCCAGAGGCAUUUUUGGGGGCAGAAUCAGUUCGGGAUGAUUCAGCUUUGUUCAGGGGUUCAUUCGCGGAUCCAUCAUCCUUGCUUUUCUCUCCGUCCUCCUUGUUGCUCUCUGUGGCAUCUCCGCCUGAUGCAGAGCAGCAGCUAUUAUGUGAAUGCUGUUGCCAUGGCUCCCGGGAGCUGUCUGCAGCCCACCAACGCCUCGCCCCUUACAUCCUCUCUUCUUCCUUUCUCAUCUGAGGCUCACUGAUAUAAUACAAAUGACAUUUCAAACCCUGUCUUUGUGAAACAGGGUAAAACACAGAAGUGCGACACAGAAAAAUGACAGUGAUUGGUCCGUACUGUAGCAACACAAUGCUGCUCGGCUGUAAAAAAAUGUCAUUUACAUUCUGGGAAACAAUACCUGGCAUAUCUUUCUGGAUUUUGUGCCAGUUUCUUUCUUGGGAAGAAGUAUGAACUUUGGGGGUGGCAAGGCUUCAAAGCAAACACAUUUUUUUCCUAAAAAGGAAGUUGCCUGAAGAAUAAAAUUUUUUCAAACAUGUCCAUAGUGUUCGUUGGAGAAAGACGUCUCAACUUUUAAUACAUUAGAGAUGAUGCGGGUACACUGAGGAACUGCCUUUAAGGGUGCUUUCACACUUUUAUCACUUUUGGUCCACACCCAGGUUCAUUUGACAUCAGAGUACAGUAUGUUUAGCUAGUGUGAACGAUGUUAUCUGAACUCCUGUGCACACCUGUGAACCGUAUCUGAGUCCUCCUGAAAGAGGUGGUCUGGCAUAUUGUUUGAGCAAACUGGUACGGUUAACAUUUGAUAUGAAUUCAAUCGUACCAAAUAAUGGAAGUGAACCGCCAACUGUAAAUCAAACAGACAUUUUGUUUGGAAAUUAAAAUUUCGUUGACGUCAGAACCCACCGUCAGGCCAAUGUCAGUGUCCAACAUCGGACAGACGUUGCAUUUUGGUGACUUUACAACGCAACAUAAAAACAACCAAAUAUCGUAUAAAUAUAUCAAACAACAUCUAAUGAUGUUACAGCUUGACGUUGUGUGUACUUUACCAAUGUGACGUCUAUCAGACGUUGGAUUUGAGUUGCCAUUCCUGAUGAAUAAAUGUCAGUAUUUGACGUCAAUAUGGUGUUGGAUUUUGGUCACUUUCCAACACAACCUAAAAUCAACAAAACAUCAACAUCAUUUUACAUUGUUAUUGGACAUCAAAAUAACAUUCCAGAUUGAUGGUCGGCCUGAAAGAGGUGGUCUGGGAUAUUGUUUGCACAAACUCUGGUCCGGUUCACUUCUGAUAUGAAUGCAAUCAUACCCAAUAAUGGAAGUGAUCUGCCAACUGUAAAACAAACUUUAGUUUUCAUAACGUUCAUUCAUGUGUGUAUGACUGUGUAUCAUGAACUGUACCUUGGUGACAAGCGGGACUGAGCCAGGGCAAACACAGUGAUAAUGUCU